AUGGCGAACGCGCCAGCUCUCCCCGAACAAAUCGUAUACCUGAUCAUACGCUUCACAGCCUCAAUACCCGACCUCCCACUCUCAAUAAACACCCGACGAACAACCUUCACCCUCUCCCUCAAACAACUCAUCCGCCAACAUCUCCCCUCCGAGCACGCCUCCGCGCGCCUCCGCCUCAUCUAUGCAGGCAAAGUCCUCGCAGACACAGACCCAUUAUCCAAGUCCUUACGAUUACCGUCCCCGCCACCUCCUCGUAAUGUUAAGAAGAACAGCGAUGGGGCGGGAUUGGGAGGAGGAGACAACGGAGAAGCCAGCAAUAGCAAAGGGAAACAACCCCUCCGAGAAACCCCAGCAGUCGAAUACGGCACGACAACAGACAUACCCCCCGAAGCAAAGAAAUACUACAUCCACUGUUCCCUCGGCGACCCUCUCUCCGCAUCUGAACUCGACAGCGAAGCUAAACUUGCGCAAGACACUAAGACGGCAUUCAAGUCGCAGUAUACAUCUUCUUCCUCCAUCCCCUCUACCUCUGCCUCCCAACGGCUCGCAAGUACCACAAUAACGGAUGGUAAUGCACGGAGACGUAGUUCUACAACUAGUACAACAGCGAAUACCGUACCGCAAGCACAAGGCUUCGAUAGGCUACUCAGUUCAGGUUUCACCCGCGACGAAAUAGCCUCCCUCCGCGCGACCUUUACACAAAACCUCUCCUUCACACAUACCCCCGAUACCAUGCCCACCCCUGCGCAAAUCCGCGUGCUAGAAGACCGGUGGCUGGACUCUUCGGCUAAUGACCCUUCUGCCUCACUCACGGGUACUACAGCUGCUGGAGGUGCUGGUGGAGCGGAAACAGGCUGGGGCGCGGGCUUUGCGGUGGAAGAAGGUGGGUUGGAUGAUAUGUUGUAUGGAUAUCUAACCGGGUUCUUCUUUCCGUUGGGCAGUUUGGUUUGGGGGUUCAGGGAGGAGGGGGUUUGGACGAGGAGGAGGCAGGUUGCUGUUGUGAUGGGGGUUGUACUGAAUUGCGUUUUUGGAUUUAUGCGGUGGGGUGGGUAG